UUUGCUUCCAGUUGCUAGAGAAAAGGGACAUGUUAUAGAGGCUGGCAGGGCCGAGCUGCCGUACGUUAGACCGGGGUAACGGCAACCCUAUCGGAGAUGGGAAAGGUCGCCCAAAGAAGAACGAGGCCAAUUUAAACUGUGUAGCUAGCCAACGGGCUGGGUAGGAUGCUCCUCGGGGCUCAUAUGCAAGACUUAUUUCAUGUUUCUAACGUGGGAGAUGGUGGCGUUACAGAGAGAGAGCUCUCCCUUCCUGUCGUCUUGAACAAGAUGGCAGCAAUGUAGGCGAACUGUUCAUGCUAUGGAUUUGUAAGUCCAUAACAUGUUCAGAGAAGCCUCGAAUUGUACUUAUAGUGACUCUAUGUGAAGGUAUGGCCUCACAAGUUUUGGUCUACCCACCACACAUUUAUCAAACCCAGACAAGUGCCUUUAGCAGUGUGAAGAAACUCAAAGUUGAGCCCAGCAGCUGUGUGUACCAUGAGAGGGCACACAGACGGACUUAUCUGAACAACAGAACCCUUGGAAUUGUGCACCCAACGAAGCAAGCCCACUCGUUUGUGAACCGAGACUUGGCAGUGGGCCUGAAAAUACGUGGAGGACAGGAGUAUCCGGUGCAGACAGUGGUGGUUCGUGGCAUACAAAGACAACCGACCAAUAAAAAACGAGGAGGAGGAGAACCCGGCCGACUUGUGGCCCAGCGACAACAGGAAGCAGGGGUUGUCCAGUCACAGGGGAAGUGCCAGCAGCAUCAGACAGAUACAGCAAGUGGGAGCAGCGGUGGAGCAACAAGGGCAGGAGGAGGGGGAAGGGGAGAGGGCUGCAGUGGAGGAGUUGAGGGAGGAGGAGACGAGGAGGAGAGAGACGAAGAAGAAGAAGAGAAGUGGGGAGGUCUGAACUCAGCUGACAGCUUUCAGCGAUGUGGGCUGAAACGUAAGAGCGAGGAGCUGGAAAACCAAGGGAGCACAAUGCAGAUUGUGGAGGAACUGUCUAUGUUGCCUGCCAUGUUGCAAACAACCAAUGUUGGGAACGCAACUGUGACAGCGCCGGCAGCUAUUGGGGCUGGUGGGGGUCCCUCUAAGCCAUGUGUAGGGCAUGGGGUAGUAGGUGCUGCAGGAGGGACAGGAGGUGGGGAUGGGGACUAUCAGGUAGUACAGCAUGAAGUUCUGUGUUCCAUGAAGAAUACUUAUGAAGUGCUGGAUUUCCUCGGACGUGGCACAUUUGGUCAGGUGGUGAAGUGCUGGAAGAGGGGCACAGGUGAGGUGGUAGCUGUCAAGAUACUGAAAAAUCAUCCUUCAUAUGCAAGGCAGGGUCAAAUCGAAGUUGGCAUCCUUGCUCGUCUGAGUGGCGAGAACGCGGAUGAGCACAACCUGGUGCGAGCCUUCGAGUGCUUUCAGCAUCGCAGCCACACCUGCCUAGUUUUUGAGAUGCUCGAACAGAAUCUGUAUGAUUUCCUGAAGCAGAAUAAGUUCAGCCCACUGCCCCUGAAAGUUAUCAGACCUGUGUUGCAGCAGGUAGCAACAGCUCUGAAAAAGUUAAAGAGCAUGGGUCUGAUACAUGCAGACCUCAAGCCGGAGAACAUUAUGCUGGUGGACCCAGUGAGGCAGCCCUACAGGGUGAAGGUGAUAGACUUUGGCUCUGCCAGCCAUGUGUCCAAAGCAGUGUGUUCAACGUACCUCCAAUCCCGGUACUACAGGGCUCCUGAGAUUAUUCUGGGAUUGCCGUUUUGUGAAGCCAUAGACAUGUGGUCUCUAGGCUGCGUGAUAGCUGAACUGUUUCUGGGCUGGCCUCUUUAUCCUGGGGCUUUGGAGUAUGAUCAGAUUCGCUACAUCUCUCAGACACAAGGUUUGCCAGGAGAGCAUUUAUUGAAUACGGGGACAAAGACUGCACGCUUCUUCUGCAAAGAGUCUGAAUCAUCUUAUGCUGUGUGGAGACUAAAGACGACAGAGGAGCACGAGACGGAGACAGGAAUGAAGUCAAAGGAAGCCAGGAAGUACAUCUUCAGCUGUUUGGAUGACAUAGCGCAUGUAAACUUGAUGAUGAAUUUGGAAAGUAGUGAUUCAUUGGCUGAAAAGGCAGACCGCCGAGAGUUUGUGGGCUUGCUGAAGAAGAUGUUGUUGAUCGACGCAGAGGAGAGGAUCGCCCCUGCCGAUGCUCUCAUCCACCCUUUUGUGACCAUGCAGCACCUGCUCGACUUUCCACACAGCAACCAUGUGAAGUCGUGUUUCCACAUAAUGGAUGUUUGCUGGAGCCGUCCCAAUGUGUUUGAGGCCACCAACAGAAAUAAAGGUCCAUUUGUUAGACCUGUAACUGCAACUGCCGCUGCCUCAGCCAACCAUCCCUUCACCAAGAUCCCUAAUGUCCACACCCAAGGGUUGGCCCCAUCAGCCCCGUCAGUAAUCCACCCUGGGAUACCAAUGCAGUCAGGAAGCGGUCAGUUUGGAUGUACUGAGUCAUUUCAGCAAGCUCUCAUUUUAUGUCCUCCAACCAUUCAAGGUAUCCCAACCAACACAGCAAAACCAGCUGGCUACUCUGUUCGCAUGGAGGCCUCUGUGCCUCUGGUCACCCAAGCACCUGCAAUCCAGCCCAUACAAAUCAGACCUGGAGUCAUUACCCAGACUUGGUCGAACCGUGCACAGCAGAUCUUGGUUCCCACUUGGCAGCAGGUCACAUCCGUGCCCCCACCACCAACCACUUUGGCAUCUGACACUGUAAAAGGCUCCCAGAGAUUGGGUGACUGGGGAAAAAUGCGUCCCCAUGGUAACCACUUUGGCUCCAUGAUUGCACACCCUCAACCAUUCUUAACCAACCAAAUGAACAUGUCCACCCACCAGCCAAUCAACAUUGGCAUUGCACAUGUGGUGUGGCCGCAGCCAGCUACCAACAAGAGGGCAAAGCCUUGUGUGAACAGAGGCAGCAACUUCUCCCAAAACACAAACAUCCAAAACUUAACAUGUCAGUCCCCAAAGAUGGCUGAUACAGCAAAGAGUGUGGAAGAAGUCGAGGAAGAGAAAGCCAGAUGUCCAGGCGAAGAGCUCUCUGUGGAGGAGAAGGGAGCAGUGGAGCAGGUGGAGGAGGAUGAAGAGAACUGCUGUAAAGUGGAGACCCAUUGCGAGGGGCUCGCAGUUUCACAGGAGCAGCGGCAGGCUAUGGCGAUUUCGGACCUAGCCAGUCCGGCUGUCAGUGUCAUUAGUAUCAGCAGUGAUGAGGAGGAGAAUGCACAGAGGCACUCAAUGGGGGAGUGUAAGGGCAGUGCAGAAUGUGAGGCAUGUCAGAGCACUGUCAGCAUGGAGAGAGUGUGUUCUCUCAGCAGUCCAGACAGCACGCUCAGCACCAGCUCAUCAGCCUCAGCCCCGUCAAGUACCUCACCCUGCAAACACCCCAACAGUAUGUCUGACGACGAGCAGGAAAGCGGUUGUGACACAGUGGACAUCUCGCACAACUCUGGCCACGGCAACAGCCCCUUCGCGGAGCAGCCGUACAUCACUGACAGCAACCAGAACUGUGAGCCUCGUGUUGCAUGCGUUGCCCCGGUGACGGAGCCCAGCAGACCAACAAUUCGUACCGUUGUCGUGCCCCCAAUGCGGGUGCGGAGCAAUAACAACAACCCCGCUGUCAUGGACGCACCUGGGAACACAGUCAUGGAGUCUUCAUGCCAGUCAAAGCGCCGUGGCGCUCUUGGGCGCCAGCAUCACCACUCCACUCCGCUCGUCAGCAAGCCGCAGAAAAUGACUGCUGCCUUCCAGUCGCAGCAUCAGCAGCCUAUUGGCUUUGGGCAGGUGCAGCAUUUUGGUUCCUGCCACCAGGAAUGGAAUGGCAAUUUUACCCACCGGCGGCCACAGGCUUACAUCCCUCCAACCCUGCAUGGGCACCCAUUUACGCUCUCCCAAAGCAGCCCAAACCACUCAACAGGCCCCCAUGCUCACCUUGGAGGGCACCCACCCUCCCAGCCCACCCUUCUGCCUUACCCUCCCUCCGGUCCCCUGGUCACUGCUGCCCCUGUGGCCCACCUCCUGGCCUCCCCUGGGGUUUCCCACCCCAUCCUUCAGCCCACCUACAGUCUCUCCCACCCAGCAGGCAUCGUGCAUCAAGUGGCUGUGGGCAUCAACCCCCGACUGCUUCCAUCCCCCACUUUGCAUCCCCAGGGGCAAUUCAAACCCCUCUUUCCCCCGCACUCCUACAUCGCCUCACCUGCUUACAGCAGUUUCCCUCUCAGCCCUACCAAAAUAAACCAGUACCCUUUUAUGUGAGCAAAUUUGGCCUGGUACCCUUUAUACCGCCUGAGGGCUAGGGGAGGGGGGCAAAAAUGUAUCUUUAACCACAAACAAGAUGGCUUUCAUCUCAGAAAACCACGGCACAACCACAGAGAAAGCAAGCUAUUUUUUUGAAUCAUGUACAUUUGAGUCUAACUGAACUUAAAGCUUUAAAAAAAAAAAAAAGAGGAAAAAAAAACAAGAGUUCCUUCGUUGGAAAUGAUUUGGCAAAAAUUAAGGAUGAAACAACGUGUGAAAUGAUUGAAAGAAUGAAUGAAUAAUCAAACUCACACCUAGUGUUUUUGCACAUUUGAUAUAUCUUUGCAUUGAAUCUUCUACGAAUGCUCCUCAAGACAGGUAAAUAAUUGGGGUGGUGUUGAAUAGUCAGACUUUGCACCCCUGGUCCCAGCUAUUUUUCUAUAAUGCCUUCUUACAUGUGCAAGACGCAUCCAUAUUUGUAAAGCCAUCCCAGUCUCUAGUUCUAGAUCGACAGAUGCACCUGUUGUCCACCGUGUACGUUGUACCGCGUUUGAAGUAUUUGUACCUUUUCGCUGUCUUUAGGUGUUGGCAAUGUCAAGUCAGUUAUCCGAUUUAAAUAGUCGUUCUUCACGCUGCAUGUGGUCUUUGCAUGAGCAAAAAUGUAAACGGAAAGAUGCAUAGACGUUGCUCCUAUUGUUUGUGUCACAAGACUCGCUGCAUUGUAUAACUGUCCCCAGCCAUAGUGCCUUACAUAUUUGAGGUUGUUAAUGUUACUACUUAUAUAUGACUAUAUACAUGAAUAUUAACGUGCCGGACUGCAGCACUUGAAAUUCUAAUCAGUCGAUGCAUCCUAUGUGUGAGUAUAUGUAUAUGUUCAUGCAUAGCCUGCAUGGAUGUGAUGUUAUCGCGGAGAGCGGUGCUUCUGUUUUGGAGUCGGUGUAUAUUUCGGCGUGUUGUGAGUUCCUCUUUCUGUUCUCUCCAGAAGAACAGCAUGCUUUGCAGUUGCAAAUGUGUGCUGUUUUCCCCUAAAAUCCUUUUUCUUUUCAUUCUCUGUUCCCGAAUGAAACUUGUGUAUAAAGUGCAAGUACUGAGUAUUGCUUGAUAUUUGAUAAUCACUUUCUAUUUAGUAAGACUCUUACUACUAACAGUAUUUGUACUGUUUAAAACUGCAAUACAAUCUAAAUAGUCGUCGAUUCCAAUUUUUCGUUUUUGUCUUUGUGUUUUCAUUUUGAGUGUUCUCGCUUUUUUUCUUUUUAGGUGUUUUAGAAGUGUGGUGGGCAUGGCUUUUGAUUAGGCAAGGAAAAAGAUGCAAAACCAAGUCACGUCACAGGAGUUUUCAAAGCCUGAGCAAACCAUGCAGUGUUUGAUAUACACACAUAUAUGGACAUAUAUUCUAGAGCUUGAGUAUUUAGUACAGAUGCUUGAUAAAGGUGUGAGUUAACUGUGUGCAAUUCUCUCAUUUAUGCAUGUGUGACAAAGUUAACUUUUUCCCUUUACAUUAUACCAUUUGUUAAAGGCUUAAGGCUUGGUGUCAACUUGCUUCUUUUUUUAUACAUUCCGUCAGGGAGGACACAUACAUAUAUUUAUGUAAGGUGGUAGUACCACUGAGUGUGCAUGUGUGUGUAUGUCUUUUAUUUUCAUAUAUAUCUAUAUAUAGAUAUAUAUUCUUUCAUUUACUAGGUGUGUAGACUUUUUUUUUUUGUCUUUCAUUUUCAAAUGAAGUUGCUUGUGCAGCACCAAAGACUGUAGUUCAUUUCUUUAAGCAAGGUAGCGAUUCUGUUUGCAUAGACCUCAGUUAUACUGUAGUUGUAGAAUGGAGUUGAACUAAAACCUAAAAAAAAAAAGUUUUAUUUAAAAAAAAAAAAAGAACAAAAAAAAAACCAAUAGCUGAUGUUUUGCUUAUGGGGCAAUUAAUGAGUCGUAUCAUUUCUUUCUUGAAUGUAUCAUAGAUAAGCUGCUAUAUGAUGAUUGCCAUUUCAAUAGCUGUGAAAUUAGGUGAUUUCUUUCUGAGUUUCAGCCUAGCGUUCUGUAUGGGUCCUUAAUGAUCUGAAUUAGAAGUAGUUUGGAUUUUGGUGGUUUGCGUUCCCUUGUUGGAGUGUCACUGUAACUACUGUAUUGCAGACGAUAAACAUUAGUUGCAUUUGUCGUUUCUCGGGUGUGUGCGUGUUAUUGCAUCAGUAUUUUAACCUUAUUCUAACCUUUUCAGGAUCAUCACUGCAUAUAAAUAAUGUAUUAAUGUAACUUAAUUUUUGUAUUUUUUUUUUGUUCUUUUCGCAUUAAUGUUUUUGUCUUUACACAUCUAAAGCUAUAGCUUGCAGGAUUGAUUUAACUUUCUCGUGCUCUCUCCACCCUGUACUACCAGUCGUCUUUAUGUGAGUUACAGGAGCACUGUGAGAUGCCGGGCGUGGGGGGUGGGGGUGGGGGGGUCUGCUGUGUCCCCUGGAAAUCUUUCCAUAAGUCACACACAAAUUCAACAAUUUCCUCUCAGCACUUAGAAGGUUUGGAUGCUAAAUCAUAAAUUCAACCCAACACUUCUGUCGCUAAAAUGUUUCUCAGAAAUUCUUUUUUUUUUUUUUCUUUCAAUUGUCAAAAACAAUUUGGAUUAUUAUUGCAAAUUUUGUUAUUACCUUUUUGAAUGUUAUCUUUAACGGGAAGAUCAGUUAUUUUUCUUUCAACUGCCUUGUGUUCAGAUCGCUCUCCCCUUUAUGAGUGUCUCAUAUGAAAAUGUCGUUUUGUCAGAGCGAGGCGAUGGCCGUUGUUAUGUGUCCUUUAUUGAAACGAAGACAGUGUAAGCAGCACUGUGUAUGUGCCUUGGGAUUCCGAAAAAAGGAGAAUCUGCGAUGGGGACUUGUCACCACCUUAGUUGAGGAGGAAGGCAUAGAUUCCAAUUAACCCUAUUUAUAAAUUUGUUCACCCAAUCUCAGGGUGGACAAACGAACAAAACAAAAAAAAAACCUGGAGAUUGGACUCCCGAUCCAUUAGCAUGAGAACUCUCACUCUGUGACAGCUGCCAUCGAAGCCUCUCGGUGUAAACACAUCAACUAAAACGCACCUAGGCCAGAAAGCUCAAUCAUAUGACGCUCUUAGUCACCCCGACUAACAAAAAACGGAAAAAAAUGCAGAUGCAAUACUUUACAUUAUGCGGUCAUUGCACCACCAAGUGUUCUUAGAUAAUCUCCAUGCUUUACAUUACCUUGCAUGUACGCAUUUGUUGCUGGCGUGUAUUUUCUGUCAUGCAGGUGAAGGCUAUGUGGAAGUACCCAGAGCACAGGAAACACUGGCUUGUUAAAAAUCAAUAUUUAAAACGAGAAAAAAAAAAAAAGGUUUAUUUCCAGGAGGAAAGUCCUCGGCUAGCUGGAUUUCUACUGUUUCUCUGUCAGUCACAAGUGCAAUACUCCUCAUUUAACACUGAUAUUUGGCUGGAUGUCUUGAAACCUUCAGUUUCUUUUCCAAGCUGUAAAGCUUCACAGAUCAUAAAGAAAGCUGACAGCCAUGAAGCAUGAACUUGAUUAGUGCUUGUAUUAAUACCCAAUAAAGCGCAUGGAAAAUGUAAUGUGUUUUGACUUCCUCAAAGGUGUUCACCAGCAACGCGCUCGUGUUAACUCUCCCGUUCUUGUUAAGGACUCGAGUGAACGCAAGUGGAGAGAAAUCUUGAAGCUGUUUUUAACUUUUCUCACGGUUGACACAUUGGUCUGUGGAUAACUUGUUUCUGAGAAUCCAUGUCACAUUCAACAGAUAAAACAAUAAAGAUGUUUUUAGGAAAAAAAACAGAUGGUUUAUCAAACUUUGAUAUUUGGGAGAAUCUGCAGCGGUGUUCAACUUUACAGAUCUAAAUUCAGGGUCUUUAUUAAAUGUGCUACUGUGUAACUGUUCUGUUCCAUUAAGAAAACUAAGGUCUGUUUUUGUUUGAGUUGGUAUUUUUUUUCCAUCUCUGCAAAUUUCAGAGUUAAUUCACACUGCAAGUUAUGGAUCAUCUGUUUGGAUUGCUCAUCAAUUACACUUGAUUCUAGAAUCGGAACUGUUACUGUUUUAAUACCUGUAGAUUUUUUGUGGCUUUGUUUUGACCUUUUUUGUGUUUCAUUUGUUUUCAGACGUUGUGCUACACUAGUUUGCCAUGUAGCAAUUGCACUGUGCAAUAUUUACAGUUUGAGGACUGGGAAUACUAACUUUAUGGAUGUGAUGUCUCUUACAUUUCGCGACAGUGUUUCCUCUCUAGUUCUCAGUAAUUUAGGUGUGACCAAGCCUUCUCUACUUUGUCACAUUAAGCGGGUUUUCCAGGUGACUCUUUUGGUGAGUGUCAAAUUAAGAAUUUAUGGUGUAUUAUUGUUAAGAUUCACUUUGAAUUAAAAAAUUAUGCCGCUCUUCUUGA